AUGGCAACUAAAGCUGCGUCUGAGAAAGGCUCCGACACGACCAUUAAUGACUUCGACACACCUGAAGAUAGAGCUCUCGUCAGAAAGAUCGACCUUCGACUCCUUCCAAUCUUGACGUUGCUCUAUCUCUUGAGCUUCUUGGACAGGACAAAUAUAGGAAAUGCCAAGAUCGUGGGUCUCACAACGGAUCUUCACGUCUCGCCACCCGAAUAUAAUACUGCUCUGGCCCUUUAUUUUGUGGCCUAUGUUAUAUUCGAAGUUCCUGCCAAUUCUGAAGCGCUUCAACCCACAAAUCUGGCUGCCUACGCUUACGUUGUUUUGGGGAAUCGUGAGCAUAUGUCAGGGCCUGGUCGUGAACAAGGCUGGGUUGUUUGGGAUACGGUUCCACAUGAGCGGAGUUGGAGAGUUGCCAUUUUCUUUGGAGGCGCUGCUCUUGCUGGAGCUUUCGGUGGUAUCCUUGCCUAUGCCAUUGGAAAAAUGGACGGUGUUGGUGGCCGCAAGGGUUGGGAAUGGAUUUUCAUUCUGGAAGGAAUAUUGACUGUCGCGAUUGCUCUUGUAGCUUACUUUAUUGUACCAACUUGGUCCCACAAAGCAAAAUUCCUAACUGAAUCCGAAAAAGCGAGGUUGUUUCAACGCCUCAAUGCGGACUCUGAUGCUGCACUCAUCGAGAAAUUUGAAUGGGUCUACGUUAAGCAAGCAUUGACCGACCACCUCGUAUGGGGAUACGCUAUGCUGUUCCAUGGCUUCGCGUUCGUGCUUUACUCACUGAGCUUGUUCUUGCCCACAAUCAUUGCUGGACUUGGUUUUGAAAGCUGGCAAGCACAACUAAUGACUGUGCCUCCAAACAGUCUUGCCGCAAUUUCCAUCUGGGUAACAGUAUGGUUUUCAUCAAAAUACAACGCACGAGCACCCUUCAUUCUUGGAGCUGCGGUCGUUGCAAUCAUUGGAUACAUCAUCUUGCUGACAACCAAGACAGCUGGUGCCCAAUACGUUGGGGUACUCUUUGCCGCCGCUGGAGUUUACACUGGGAAUGCUCUUCUUUUGAGGCAAGUCAAUCCAUCAUAUUCAUUUCUUUCCAUUCUGUGCUAA